GCAUAAAAAAAACAAUAAAAUAAAAAAAAAAUAAAAAAAUAAGCAACUAUUGUGAAGUUUCCUAUCGAAUAUUGCAAAGAUACUCCCCAUACAGUCUUACUACUUGUGAGUUGUGAAUCUUGUGAUUGUUUCAGAUUUGAGAACUAUAAAACGAGGCACACGAACUCCUCCCUCAUUAACGACCUCUUCUUGUUUAAAAAAUAAAAAUAAACUCCCAAAAUAUAAUCGACUCCCAAUUCCCAAAGUCCCAACAACCCGAAAAAAAUUAAAAAAGGUAAAAAUAAAUCAUUUUCUACUUCCUGAAUUUCGUGACCAAAAAAAGUCCAAUUUCUCUACAACACAAAAACCUUUUUCGUGAUAAGAAACAGGAGAGAGAAACUGAGAUAACGAAGAUGUGCACAACCGACAACAAUGGUGAAACACCUUCAUCGGCGGCGGCAAUAGAUUGGAGAGAGGAAACAAUAAACGGAGGAUCUCUACGACACGUGGACCUUCACAAAGGAUCCAACGGCUGGGCUUCGCCGCCUGGGAAUUUAUUCUCUCUCCGAUCAAAACAUUACUUGUCCAAGAAGACCAAGUCUCCUGCCCCUGCAGACUACCUCUUGAAGCCUACCGCCGUUGACUGGCUUCGGUCAACGUCCAAGCUCGAGCACGUGCUUUCACGUGCCGAUAACCGCGUUAUGCGCGUGCUUCGCUCUCAGCAGAGUAAUGGUAGCUUCAUGAAGUCCUUCGUCUUCGCUAUUAAUCUUCAAGUUCCAGGGAGGGAGCACCACAAUGCAGUAUUUUACUUCUCAACAGACGAGCCAAUCCAACCAGGUUCGUUAUUAGACCGGUUCAUAAAUGGCGAUGAUACGUUCAGGAAUAGCCGUUUGAAGCUAGUGAACAGAAUAGUGAAGGGACCAUGGAUAGUAAAAACAGCUGUGGGGAACUACAGCGCAUGCCUGUUAGGGAAGGCAUUGACAUGUAGAUAUCACAGGGGACCGGACUACUUGGAGGUUGAUGUUGACAUUUCGAGCUCGAAGAUAGCUGGCGCGUUGGUGCACCUAGCAUUGGGUUGUGUAACAUCUGUAACGAUAGACAUGGGGUUUGUGGUGGAAGGUCAGACUGAAGAUGAGUUGCCUGAAAAGUUGAUUGGGGCUGUGAGGAUUUGUCAAAUGGAGAUGGAUUCAGCUGAGUUUGUUGACUCAAAUACGCCGUCUGUUAAUGGGGUUGGUGUGGGAAGGUUAGGGUUGGCCAAGGUGAAUCAUGCUGAUGGGGAAGGGAGCAGUAGUGACCAUUCUCCAAGAGUUCACCUUUAGAUUUAAUUUGGUUUAAAAUACUACUAGUAACACUUGAGUUCAUGGAGAGUCAUUGAAUUUAACAUUUCAGCUUAAAUUAUCACAUGAUCGAAUUCAUCGAGUCAUACGGCAUCAUGUAGACAUUUAUUGGUAGGUUUGGUGGUGGUGGUGGUAGUUGGUAUAGAUUGGGAUGGCUUAAGUAAAUUAACAUGGACGAGGAAGGGGCAGGGGAGAGAGGGAGAUCAACGGUGGUGGACACAGGACACGGUGAUGCAAUCGGGAAACAAAUGGUUGUGUUAAGAUGAGUGGGAUGUGUUACUUUAGAUUUUGACUUUUGGUAUCUUGUCUAACUUGUCUUUCAAUCAUCCCUGGCAAAAUGGAAAAAAACAACAAGGAUUAUUUCAAAAGAUGAUGAUUGUAUACAAAAGUGUUAAUUAUGCUGUCAAUCCCCCUUUGUUUAUUGGGACUGAUUUGAUGGUUUGAUUUUGUAGAUGGCCAGCCAUACCUUUAUAAGUUGGAAUUGUCUACAUAUUUUGUUGGUGUUCUACAGAAUUCUUUCUUUGCUUGCCACUUGAUGAUACUAUGUACUAAUACAGGCUAAUAAGUCGUUGAAAGUCCAAGCUGUUUAAUUUGAUGUUUCUUCAACUUUGUUA